CGCAGCAGAGUAAAAGGCUCCUCAGUGAAGUGGAGGCUGCUGCUUUUCACCUGGUUUUCCUUUAAGAACCCACGAGACUCACUCACUUUUGAAAACAAGUAGACUAACAGACACCCUACGGACUCUCAACUUCUCUGUGGUUCUUGGGUAGCAGUCAGCAUGCAGAAGAGGAGGUAUCGUUACUUACCUUAACUGCAUUUCCAUCGUGAAUCGUUACUCAUGGAGAGAGAGACAAUGUUUGUUUUUUAGCAAAAGUUUGUCUGUAAAGCAACGAUCACCCAUUCCAUUUGUUGUUUCCUUUUUCUUGUACAACUUUUGCGUCAGUCACAGGGAUAUGAGGAUGCAAGAACUCCGCCAUAUGUUUCAGGUGGAAUGCUCGCAUCUGUGAAACUUUAGGACAUUUUCCACACUGUGGAGGAACUACAGAGGCAGUAGCUUUCAGAGCAAGAUCAUUGUGCUUCAGCACUAUAAUUGAGUCUGCACUAUUGUCAUGAGAUUGAUGUGAACGUUUGGCUCGUAACGGAACGGUGAACCUCAGUUUUACCAAAAUGAAGGAUGACUUCAAUGAUGAAGAGGAAGUGCAGUCUUUUGGCUACAAAAGAUUUGGUAUCCAGGAGGGAAGUGAAUGCACUAAAUGUAAAAAUGACUGGGCCUUAAGGGUGGCCAUUGCCCUUCUAUAUGUGCUUUGUGCACUGCUCACCAUAGCUGUGGCUGUGUUGGGGUACAAAGUUGUUCAAAAGAUGGAUAUGGUCACAGAGGGAAUGGAUAAUUAUGGUGGGAAGAUCAUGGCUGUAGAGACAGACCUCAAGAAGCUUGAUGAUCAAACAGGAGAGAAGUCAGAGAACGCCACCAGUGAGCUCCUCUCAUUUAAGUUGGAAAUUCAAACCUUGCAGAAUCAGCUCAAUGACGUUGCUCUGAGGGCUUCUAGCAAUAGAGCUGCUCUUGAUGAGCUACAACUAGCUGGUGAGGACAUGCAGAGUGGACAUCUCUCACUGCGAGAUCUGCUGGAGAGCAAUGCCAACGUUAUCAGCAAAGUCAACUGCACCUUAAACACAUACAGCGGCCUGAUUGAUGGACUAAAGACAGACACAGAGCGGCUCCAAUUGGAUCUUCAGGUGCAGAGCAGCAGGAAGAGCCAAAACACCCACAGCCUCAGCACUCUGAACUUUACCCAGACCCAGCAGAGGAACCUGAUUAGCUCCCUUCAAAGGUCAGUGGAGGACACCAGCCAGGCUGUCCAGAAGCUUAAGAAUGAUUAUCAGAGACUUCAGCAGGUGGCCAGCCAGACCAAAGUGGAUGCUGAUUGGCUUAGAGAGAAGGUGCAGAACCUUCAGGUAUUAGCUGCUAAUAAUUCUGCACUGACUCGCUCUAACAGUGACACUCUAGAAGAUGUGACCUCGCAGCUGAACUCACUCUCAGAGCAGGUGCAAAACGCUUCAGCCAUCACUGAUGGUCAUGACCAAAGCCUGCGUGAGCUCAUGGACCAGCAGCAAGACCAUGACAAUGCCACUUCAAUGAAGUUUGACGAACAGGAAGCACGUCUUGACCGCAACGAGGGGGAGAUGGACCGCAUAACAGGCAAUGUAAGCUUUGCCACACAGCUGCUUGGCGUAAUCAGCAGAGACAUUAAUGGUCUGCGCACCUGCGCUGAGACAGUGACCUGGCACUCUGACCUGCUGCUGGGGCUGAACAGCAGUGUGGCUGAGACCAGGGCAGACAGCGCCAAGCUCAAAUCACAGCACGAAGAACUUGCCACCAGGCUUGACCGAGAGGUCAGCAACCUCUCCAUAAUCAUGGAGGAAAUGAAACUGGUUGACAGCAAACAUUCACAGCUUAUAACCAACUUCACUAUCCUUCAGGGUCCUCCUGGUCCAAAGGGUCCUCGGGGAGACAAAGGCUCCCAAGGGCCUCCUGGGAACCCUGGCCAGAAAGGUGAAACUGGCGAAAAAGGAGCACCUGGUGUUUCUGGGCCUAAAGGAGAAAAAGGUCCAACAGGGCCUCACGGUGUGCCAGGGUUCAAAGGUCUACCAGGGUCAAAAGGAAGCCCUGGGCAAAAGGGUUCGCGGGGAUCAGGAGGCAGGGCAGGGCCUCAAGGAGAGAAAGGUGACCCUGGUAUAACUGGUCUGCCCGGAAGAGAUGGUCAGCCAGGUCUUCAGGGGCCACAAGGACCACAGGGAUUACAGGGACUCAGAGGGCCUGCAGGACCAGAAGGAGCCCAUGGGCCCGUUGGCCCCGUGGGCCCACCUGGACCUCCUGGAUUACCAGGACUUCCUGCACCAGUAGUUGUGCCCCCUGUAGAUCCUCAAGCCUUUGUCAACCACCAGGUAGCUCUACCUACAAGUGCACCAGGAUGCCCACCUCAGUGGAAGAGCUUUAGGGAAACAUGCUACUACUUCUCAGUUCCAGCAGAGAAUCUGAACUUUGAUGAAACAAAGGAAAGAUGCGGCAACAAUAGUUCAUCUAUGCUCAUUAUCAAUGAUGAAGAUGAGCAGCUAUGGAUAAAGAGGCAUAUUUCUGGAAAAGGCUACUUUUGGCUGGGCCUCACAGACAGUGCAGAGGAAAACAUCUGGAGAUGGGUGGAUGGGAACCUGCCCACCUAUACGAAAUGGAAACCUGGGCAGCCUGAUAAUUGGAGUCAUGGUCAUGAGGAAGGGGAGGACUGUGCAGGUGCUGAAAGGGAGGCGAACAAGAAGAGGAUCGAGCUUUGAUUCCGUUCAGUGCAUAUCUUGGCCAUGCCUCUCUUCACGUCAAAUCCCUUUGAUCAAGAUGUUGAGAAAGCCACAUGUGAGAUGAACACAGCUGAGGAUUGGGGCCUCAUUCUGGACAUAUGCGACAAAAUUGGGCAGUCUCGCACCGGGCCUAAAGAAUGCCUGCGUUCUAUAAUGAGGAGAGUGAAUCACAAGGAUCCCCAUGUUGCCAUGCAAGCGUUGACGCUACUUGGUGCAUGUGUGUCAAACUGUGGAAAAAUAUUCCAUUUGGAGGUCUGUUCCAGGGAGUUUGCUAGUGAAGUUAGCAAUGUGCUAAAUAAGGGCCACCCAAAAGUGUGUGAGAAGCUGAAGGCACUUAUGGUGGAAUGGGCAGAGGAUUUCCGUAAUGACCCCCAACUAAGCCUCAUCUCAGCCAUGAUCAAGAACCUGAGGGAACAGGGCGUCAUCUUCCCUGCUGUGGGCUCUCAGGCAGCAGAACAAGCUAAAGCAAGUCCUGCAUUGGUAGCAAAAGACCCUGCAACAUCAACAAACAAAAAGGAGGAAGAGGACCUUGCUAAAGCCAUCGAACUGUCGCUGAAGGAACAGCGACAACCGCAGCAGCCUCAGGUCUCUCUGUCUGGACUCUACCCAAGCACCAGCAGCCUCAUUAGCUUUCAUAAGACUGAGGGCAGAAAGGUCAGGGCCAUCUAUGACUUUGAGGCAGCUGAGGACAACGAGCUCACCUUCAAGUCAGGGGAGAUCAUCACCAUCCUGGAUGACAGUGACCCCAAUUGGUGGAAGGGCGAGACAUAUCAGGGUGUUGGGCUUUUUCCGUCAAACUUUGUGACAGCAGACCUAACAGCAGAGCCUGAGAUGAUGAAAACAGAGAAAAAGACUGUGCAGUUCAGUGAAGACAUCCAGGUUGAGGCUAUUGAACCAGAGCCUGUCUACAUUGAUGAGGAGAAAAUGGACCAGCUGCUUCAGAUGAUCCAGAGUGCAGAUCCAACAGAUGAUCAGUCAGACACCUGUGAGCUUCUGCAGUUGGAGGCUGCUUGCAACCAGAUGGGUCCCCUUAUUGAUCAGAAGUUGGAGGACAUUGACGGGAAACACUCCGAGUUGUCCGAUCUGAAUAUGAAGGUCAUGGAAGCUCUUUCCCUCUAUGCUAAGCUAAUGAAUGAAGAUCCAGUGUACGCCAUGUAUGCUAAAUUACAGAGCCAGCAAUACUACAUGCAGCAGACUCCAAACACUUCCCAACAGGUGUACACUGUCCAGUCCACUGGAGGGCAGUAUGCAAUGAGUAGCACAGGAGCACCAACAUACAAUGUUCCAAUGGAGCAGCUCUCUGUUAUGAACCAAACAGGAACACCAAUUGCCGGGCAGCCAGCUCCCAGCGACGUCCAUAUGUACAUGGGCCAACCUCCAGUCUACAGCCCCACUCCAGGCAACAUGCCCCCAGCUGAUGUCCAGUCCUAUCAGAACCAAUCCAGUGCUCCAGCAGGCAUGACCCAGACCGGCUAUACCAUGCCCUCCAUCCAUAGCCUACCAGCUACUGCAGACAUCCAACAGACCCCUUAUCUAGAGAAAGCUCUCUUAUAGGACCCAUAGAGACUCAAACUCUCUGAUUUCAUACGGACAUGCAUUCAUAAAAAAAAGAACAUUCAGUUUGAAACACCACAGACACACAAGAUAUCUCUUAGAUGGUAUUCUCAUUUAUUUAAGACACUACAAACAUACCCAGAAACACUUAUUUUGUAUCAUGAAAGCAUGUGGUGAUUGUUGACUACUAACUGGUUGUAUUUUCUCAGAGAGCGAUUUAAUGACUGAUCUUUUACAAUUGUGGCUAUUAUUAGAAAAUUGAUGAAGGUGAUGAGAAACACUAAGUUAUAUGAAUGAUUUGGCAAUGUCAUAUACAGUAGGUCUCAAUAGUCCGGUGUUUGUCACAGCAGGUCCUGAAAGAGAGGUUUCGUCAGUUAAAUUCUCAUCACUAUGUGACUGGAUGUGAUGGUGAGAAAGAGUUCAGGCCUACAGAAGACAUGUCACCUCUCCUCCAGAACCAUGUAGCAAAACACUGCCAUAGUCCUCCCUGACAGUGACCCAUCACCUCUAACCAAUUAAAGACAUUAAAUGUCUUUAAUGGGAUAGUUCACUCGUAAAAAUGAAAAUUCUGACAUAAUUUACUCACCUUUUUCCAAAUCUUUGAAUUUAUUUUAUUUUUUUAACACUUUGUAACACAAAAGGAGAUGUUAGGCAAAAUGUUUGCAUUAGUCCCCAUUGCUCUUUUAUCAUAUUUUUGUUCAACUGUGUGUGGGGGGUCAUAUUAAGUAAAUGAUGACACAAUUUUCAUUUUUGGGUAAACUGUCCCUUUAAACUCAGUUCUCAGUGUUAAAGUGAUCAGAUGUUUUAGUGUAUUUUUAUUUAAAUUGUGAUUGUUUUUUUGCUGUUUUAAUUAACAGUACAUUAAUACAAGAAGGAUGUAAUAUUCUGCCUAUGUUCAGAUCUAAAUGUGUAUAUAUGUGAUCUCACCUCUGUCUUUAGAACAUUAUGUUCAAAGCAGCUGCUUGAUCUGUAGAAAGGACACAUGGGAUGGUGGGGAGUAAUGCUACUCCAUGUCAUGCACUUUUAAUUUACCCUUUUCAUUACCCUCAUUUCGAACGUGUCCACCUUAAACUUCCUCAGCCCUUAGAUGAUUAUGACUCAAUUAGAAUGCCAUUAACCGUGCACUCUGUAAAUGUUUUCAGGUCUUCCUUUUUUCCUGUAACUUUCGAUACAGAUGUUAGAAAUACUCAUGCAUCUUGUCUUAGAUUUUACAAACUAUCAAUAUCCUUUAGAAUGGCCACAGGAAUGAGUGAUCUUGUUUAAAUGCAUCGUAGUGUGUGGAAUGAUUGGGUUAACUUCAUCUAUGUUUCUGAGUCCUGUGGAGGGCUGAGACUAACGCUAAAGAAAACAAACUGGCUCAUAUGCCAUGCGUUAAUUUGAAUCUCCUACUAUAAACUAAGGUGGUACCCCACAUCUCUGUCUAGGCUGCAGUGUUAUCAGAGUAGUUGUUGACAUUUCAUAGAGACAUUCUGGGAAAUUGGAACCCUGGGACCAUGAGCCAGUUCUGUAACACCUUAGCAUUUGCACAUGGAGAUGAGAAUCCUUACGUAAACCUUAUCCACAGGGAAGAUUUUUAGUGUAUCAGUUCUGUACCCAGUUGUUUGUAUGUAGUAUUUUAAUCAUCUUAAUAAUUAUUAGUAUUCACAAUAAAACUAGGCCAAAUGUAUA